CACGUGGGCACAUCACAUGCAUGCUUUGGCUUACGCUGCUUCUCAGGCCCGACUAGGUACUGGGGACUGAGCAGAGAGCAGAGAGCAGAGAGUAGUGAGCAGCGAGCGCCGAGCAUUCCAUCUUCCAUCAUCCAUCAUUCAUUAUUGAUGGCACUCCUCACGUACACCAAUGCCAUCAAUCGUUAAGUCACGAGUCAUAACACCCAUUUUAUUCGGCACCUACUUACCUAUGUAGAAGGGCAGUUUCCAUCUUUUCCCUGCCAGCCUGCCUCCACAUUCCACUCUUCACUCUUCACUCUUCACUCUUCACUCUUCCCUCUCCUCACUCUGCAUUCCCCUAAAAUUCUUAAAAACACUUCCCGAGGUGCAACACGUCAGAGGAGAUGGCUUUUUCGAAAACAACGGAGAAGAGUAAAAUAAUGACAUUUUGUCUCUGCAUGCAUGUUAUGUGAAGCAAGGGUUGCACGAGGGUGGGUUUUGGGUCGAACCUUGCAAGUACCUAUCAGAAGGGGAGGGAUUUGGAGGGCUCCGUCUUGCAUGUUUUUUCCAGGUAUUGAGCCGAGAAAGGAUUCCCUUGUCAGAUCAGAGAGCAAAUAAUAAUGACGGAAAUGCAGAAUCCACUGAUAGUAGAUGGAAAAAGCUGCGGCUCCCUUCUGCAGGAACUACAGCAAAUAUGGGAUGAAGUUGGAGAAAGUGACGCAGAACGAGAUAUGAUGUUGCUUCAGCUGGAGCAAGAUUGCUUAGACGUGUACAAGCGUAAGGUGGACGAAGCGAGCCAGUCAAGAGCUCAAUUGCUUCAAACCCUUGAGGAUUCCAGAGCUGAACUUACAAAUCUUCUGUCUGCACUCGGAGAACACUCUUUUCCUGGCCUUCCUGAAAAGCCUACAGGGACCCUGAAGGAACAGCUUUCAGCAAUUACGCCUGUUUUGGAAAAGCUUUGGCAGCAAAAGGAAGAGAGGAUCAAACAAUUUCUGGAUAUUCAAGUGCAAAUCCAGAGAAUCUGUGGUGAAAUUGCUGGAAAGUUGCAGCUGAAUGAACCCACAGCAACUCCCAAAGUUGAUGAUCAGGACCUGUCCAUGAAAAGGCUCGAUGAGUUUCACUUUCGGUUUCAAGAGCUUCAAAGGGAAAAAAAUGAUCGACUCCACAAAGUUCUUGACUAUGUGAGCACUGUACAUGAUCUUUGUGCUGUCCUGGGGAUAGAUUUCUUUAGCAUUGUUAUGGAAGUUCAUCCAACCUUAAGUGAUUCAGUGAGUAUUCAGUCAAAAAGUAUCAGCAACGACACUCUGGCCAAGCUAGCUAAUACAGUGCAGUCUUUAAAAGAGGAAAAAAAACAGAGGCUACAAAAGCUCCAAGAACUAGGAACUUCACUAACAGAAUUAUGGAAUCUAAUGGAUACGCCUGUGGAUGAACGAAGAUUAUUUGAUCACAUGACUUGCAAUAUUGCAGCUUCUGUUGAUGAGGUCACAGUCCCUGGUGCACUUGCCAUUGAUAUUAUUGAACAGGCCGAAGUUGAAGUAGAGAGAUUAGAUCAGUUAAAAUCCAGCAAAAUGAAAGAGCUUGCGCUUAAGAAGCAAGUAGAGCUUGAAGAGAUAUAUAGACGGGCUCACAUGGAAGUAGAUUCCGAGUCUGCACAAGAGAAGCUAAUGGCUUUAGUUGAUUCUGGCAAUAUCGAUCCCUCGGAGUUGCUUGCUAGCAUGGAAGAGCAGAUCUGCAAGGCAAAAGAAGAGGCACUUAGUAGAAAGGAAAUAAUGGAGAAGGUAGAGAAGUGGAUGUCAGCUUGUGAAGAGGAAAGCUGGCUCGAAGACUAUAACAAGGAUGAUAAUCGGUACAAUUCCAGCAGAGGUGCUCAUUUAAAUCUAAAACGUGCAGAGCGAGCUCGAGUGUUGGUUAAUAAAAUACCUGCUCUUGUGGAUACAUUGAUUGCAAAAACAAGGUCUUGGGAAGAUGAAAGGAAGACUACAUUUUUAUAUGAUGGAGUACCCCUCUUGGCAAUGUUGGAUGAAUACACUGUGUUAAGGCAAGAGAGAGAAGAGGAGAAACGAAGAUUCAGGGAUCAAAAACGUUUUCAUGAACAAUUGACGACUGAACAAGAAAGCUUGUUUGGUUCAAGGCCAAGUCCAAGCAGGCAACUUUCUUCAAAGAAGGGUGCUGCCUCACGAACCAAUGGGAGCAGUGCAAAUGGAACUCCUUUGAAUCGACGUCUAUCACUUGGUGGGCAGCAAGUUGGAACAAAUGGAGUUACUCCUGUUCGACAGGGCAUGUCUGCAAGCAAGGAGGGCAAAAGGGAACAUUCUAGGCCAGGAGCACUUGUCAACUAUGUAGCUCUUGCAAAAGAAGAUUCAAUUUCACAAGUUUCUGAGAAUGAAUCAGCUCUUUCCUCCCCGUAAUAGAAGGGUCUCUUUUGUUGCAGCCUACAUAUGGAAAGGAAAGGAACUGUUGGGAAAGAGGUGGUUGCUUUUGCUGAAUUGAAUAGUGUUAAAAGUUUCAUCAGUCAAUGAGUAUAGUUGAGGAUGCUUGAUAGAUAAUCCAUUCCGUCGAAAGGGCUGAUAUGAACUGCAGUUGUAUGCACCAGACCUUGCAAACGUUCAAGUUGAAUCCAGACCUUGUUCGCAAUUAAUGGAACUAUUUGUAAACCAUAUUUUGUUAGUAUCUAUUUCAAUAAUGGUGCAUGACACUGACUUAAGUUCAUUCUUUUAAUUUAGAAGACUACAGGAAGUCUAUUUUAACUUAGGGAGCACUAACUCAAAAUUAACAUGACUUGUAAGUACAAACUGUCUUUUGUUUAAUGUAAUGAAAUAUUAUCUGUAAAAGCUUCUGGAAGCGAUUGUGUGCGAUUGUAAUGAAAUAUUGUUCUCUGAUUUA